UGUCGCCCGGCCUGUCUGGAGCUCAGCGGCGGCUGUGGAGGCGGCAGGGCGCAGGCACCGGACCGGGGAGCGGCACCAUGAGCGGAUCACAGAACAAUGACAUGAAAAGACAAUUUCUGCUGGAGCGACUGCUGGAUGCAGUGAAACAGUGCCAGAUCCGCUUUGGAGGGAGAAAGGAGAUUGCCUCGGAUUCCGACAGCAGGGUGACCUGCCUGUGUGCCCAGUUCGAGGCCGUCCUGCAGCAUGGCUUGAAGAGGAGCCGAGGGCUAGCACUGACGGCGGCCGCGAUCAAACAGGCAGCGGGCUUCUCCAGCAAAACUGAAACAGAGCCCGUCUUCUGGUUCUACGUGAAGGAAGUCCUCAACAAGCACGAGCUGCAGCGCUUCUGCUCCCUGCGUCACAUCGCCUCGGACGUGGGCCGCGGCCGCGCCUGGCUGCGCUGCGCCCUCAACGAGCACUCGCUGGAGCGCUACCUGCACAUGCUGCUGGCAGACCGUGGCAGGCUCAGCACUUUUUAUGAAGACUGGUCUUUUGUGAUGGAUGAAGAAAGGUCUAGCAUGCUUCCUACCAUGGCAGCUGGGCUGAACUCCAUCCUCUUUGCAAUCAACAUCGACAACAAGGACUUAAACGGGCAGAGUAAGUAUGCUCCCACCGUCUCGGACCUCUUGAAGGAGUCCACGCAGAACGUGACCUCACUGCUGAAGGAGUCCACGCAAGGAGUGAGCAGCCUGUUCAGGGAGAUCACGGCGUCCUCGGCGGUCUCCAUCCUCAUCAGACCUGAGCAGGAGAGCGACCCCCUGCCCGUCGUGUCCAAGCACGGCAGCGUCGAUGCCAAAUGUAAAAAGGAGCGGAAGAAGAAAAAGAAGGUGACCAACAUCAUCUCAUUUGACGACGAGGAAGAUGAGCAGAACUCUGGUGAUGUUUUUAGAAAGAUACCUGGGGCCGGGGAGAGCUCAGAGGAGAACUCCGACCGCUCCUCGGUCAAUAUCUUGUCGGCCUUUGAAAGCUCCUUUGGGCCAAAUUCCAAUGGAAGUCAGAGCAGCAACUCAUGGAAAAUUGAUUCUCUGUCUUUGAACGGGGAGUUUGGGUACCAGAAGCUGGAUGUGAAGAGCAUUGACGAUGACGAUGUGGAUGAAAACGGGGAUGACGUGUACGGGAACACGGCGGGAAGGAAGCACCCAGGCCCCACGGAGUCACCUGAGAAGUCACUGGACGGGAACACCUGCCUGUCCCAGAGGCACAGCUGGGCCCCGCUGCAGGUGCUUCACGGUGAUGCGGAUGUCCUGUUUCCCGUCAGCAGCGUGGGCUCCUACAGCCCUGCAGAUGCCCCCCUUGGAAGCCUGGAGAACGGGUCGGGACCUGAGGACCGCGUUCUCCCGGAGUCUGGACCUCGAUACAGUGUGGAAGCCAGUCCUGCAGGCCAAGGAAGUCCCCUGAGCGGCCGGUUACCUUCCACCUCGGUGCCGGAGUCGAUGACAAUUAGUGAGCUUCGACAAGCCAUCGUGGUCAUGAUGAACAGAAAGGAGGAGCUGGAGGAAGAAAACAGGUCACUGCGGAACCUGCUGGACGGGGAGAUGGAGCACUCGGCUGCCCUCCGGCAAGAGGUCGACGCCUUGAAAAGGAAGGUGGCCGAGCAGGAGGAGAGGCACGUCAUGAAGAUCCAGGCACUGGCAAGGGAAAACGAGGUGCUCAAAGUCCAGCUGAAGAAAUAUGUAGGAGCUGUCCAGAUGCUGAAAAGAGAAGGUCAAACAGCUGAAGGUGUACCAAAUCUUUGGAACGUUGAUGGAGAAGUGACAGUCACUGAGCAGAAGCCGGGAGAAGUCGCUGAGGAACUAGCCAGCUCCUACGAAAGAAAGCUCAUUGAGGUGGCAGAGAUGCACGGCGAGCUGAUCGAGUUCAACGAGCGCCUGCACAGGGCCCUGCUGGCCAAGGAAGCCCUGGUGUCCCAGAUGCGGCAGGAGCUCAUCGAUCUCCGGGGCCCGGUGCCUGGAGAUUUGAGUCAAACAUCCGAAGACCAGAGUUUGUCAGAUUUUGAAACAUCAAACCGGGCGCUGAUCAACGUCUGGAUCCCGUCGGUGUUUCUCCGGGGCAAAGCAGCGAACGCAUUCCACGUGUACCAGGUCUACAUCCGGAUAAGAGAUGAUGAGUGGAACGUCUACCGGCGGUACACAGAGUUCCGAAGUCUGCACCACAAGCUACAGAGCAAAUACCCUCAAGUGCGAGCCUACAACUUCCCCCCCAAAAAGGCCAUUGGAAACAAGGACGCCAAGUUCGUGGAGGAACGAAGGAAGCAGCUCCAAAACUACCUGCGCAACGUCAUGAACAAGGUCAUCCAGAUGGUCCCCGAGUUUGCCACCAGCCCCAAGAAAGAGACCCUCGUCCAGCUGAUGCCCUUCUUUGUUGACAUUACCCCUCCUGGAGAGCCACUGAACAAAAGCAGCCGGCCCAAAGCGCCUUCCCGCUUCCCCAAGCUGUCCCGCAGUCACCCCAGGGAGACGACGCGCAACGUGGAGCCCCAGAGUGGCGACCUCUGACCUCGAUGGAACCCAGACUCGGGCCCUAUGUGCUGCGCCAGCUGCCUCUCCGGCCACUCUGCAUCCAAUCUGGCCACGGCGGCUGGCCCCUCACACCUUGGAAUGACAACCACAUCCAGCUGGUUAACCCCGAGAGCACACCUUCCCCGGUCACAUGACACCCCGAUUAAACUGGUCAGUCAGAGAGCAAGGCGCUCCUCGCCCGGACACGUGGGCACUGCCCUCCCAGGCUCUGCCCUGAGUGGCAAGCAUCGUUCGUCCCCUUCCUCCAGCCCAGGGGCCAGCAGGAGGGCGGGCACAGGCGGGGCUGGAGCCCCGGUUGAGCUGCACAACUCCAGUAUUUCUCUCCGUCAGAAGGUUCACUCAGAAACAACCGCUUGACUCUUUCCCACGAGGGGAUCAGAAUGACUGUUACACUCUUUCUUUCUAACGUUAUUGCCUACUACAACUUAUGGCCACGUGGGGUGGGGGUGGGGGUGGGGCCUCUCCCUUCCCCUUUUGUUGUCCACCCUCGUCAUCGCCACCAUGGCCAGCCGUGGCUGUGUGUGUCGCUCCUCCAGGGAGACAGCCCACAGCCUUCCUGCGAAGGAGCCAUUACGUGAUGCUGAACUGUGGUUGUUGGAGCACAUCCCCCCGCCCCUGACCUCCCCACGACUGGCUUCUGGAAGGACCAGCCCGUGUAGGAGACGUGAGGCGCCCUGACCCCCCAGGCGUCUUUGUCCCAUCCAGGCCAGCUAUCAGCAGCAACCUGGUGACCCCAUGCUCAAGCGCCCCAAGCCACCAAGAAAUCGAUGGCCUUGGCCUCACAAGCCACGAGGCCUCACGGUCAUGAGAGACACUCCGCUCUGUAACCGCUGCGGAAGGUCCCGCAGGCCCUUGGCCUCCAGACCUAGCUCCCAGCUCCAUGGGCCUCAGCGUGGCUCUCUGUGAGCCUGGACAGCAUCCACUCUGAACAGACCAUGACUGUCCCCUAAAGACAUGGGUUCGCAGGGCGCUCUCUGCCCCCCAACAUGCUCUCAGUGUGUUGGACCCACUGUGCCCCCAGACUGAUUCCUGCGUGCGCCAUCUCAGGACAGGCCCUGCUGACAGGUUCCAACAGGCUCCUCCUCCAACGCCCCCGGUCAGGCCGCCUCCCAGGCCCAGCGUGGUCCGGCCAGUUUAGCAUCCAGAAUCAUGGACUAGCCCUCCACCCUAGGCAAGAGCCAUCCUCAGCUGCUGAGUACAUUUAGGAAGAGCUGGCAUUUUCUGGGGGAAAUAUUACAAAAAUUAGAUAGGUUGUGAAAUCUAUGUAAGGAUAAGUGUGACCCGAGGAAGACAGACGUCGGGAAUGUGAUGGUGACGUAAACGUGUGUGAAAGAUGGUCAGUGGAAGGCUAACCACGGGCUGUCCCUGGAACAGUUUCAAAUCAUUAGCUUAAAGCUCGGGGAACGGCCUGCGUAAGCACGGGACAUUUCCUAGACAGAAAAACUGGAGAGAGUCGCCUGGAAGGUGGCUGCUGCGUUAGCCAGAGGACGCUUACUCAGGGCAGAGAGGCAAGGCUGACGUGAUGUGCGCACAGCCCCGAGACAUGAGGAGGCCUGAGGACCUCCGCCAGGCGAGCCAAGGACCCUGCCGUCUGUCCUCUACGGCUGGAAGCAGGUGUGUGCGGCUAGAGGACCUGCUGUCAGCUCGUGGGGUUUAGAGGACCCAAGGGACGCUGCGUCCCAGAAAGGCAGCAUGGUUCCGCUCUCCCUCGUUUGCCAAGGUCCCAGCUCCACGUGCACUUCGGUUCAAUUCCAAGUCCCACAGGGCCGACUGGGCCGCCGGGGCUGGCUGCUUGGCACAGAGCCCUCCUCGGGACAUCAUCAGACUGUCUCAGCGCCCAGGCUGCCCCAGGCCUGCCUCCCGCCCACUCCUCCCGAAGCAGGUCCUGGAUCCCAGCAGCAAGGCUGGCCCAGCACUGCCUGUCUGGACAGCGGAGCGUGCCCCCAAAGCCCCCGCUUUCCGUUUGUGUUAGACAGAAUGGAACCACCCACCUCUGAUGUCCCCCGACCCUGGGCCCAGAGUUUUGAUCAACCAGCCUUUUCUGGCACCUGACCUCACACCUCUGAGUGCGAAUCUGGCCUUGCCUCCAACCACCCCUUCAGGGAGCUAAAAAACAAAGCAAAAAAAAAAGGGCCCCCAGGGCUACAAGGGGACAGAUGCCAAGCCGGGAGAAACAAGGCCGCACCCAGCCUGUAUUUAAAAAGGAGAAACUCUGCCUCUGCGAUUCUUAAAAAUUAAUCACGGAAACCAUGCACUGCUCUCCCAAAGUAUGGGCUGUGAAAGCAGGUUCCUGGGGCCACACAGGGACCAUUGGGGUGCUUGCUCUUUGCACCCCCUUUUUUGUGAUCAUGCAGAAACCCUGGAAUCAUCCUCAACAUGCAGACCACCGCUCUGACUUGAGCUCAUCACAGCCACUUGUCACAGCCUUAACUUUGGAAUCACAUAGAAUGUUGCACAAUGAUGUAGUCCAUCCAGCCACCCCAAAUACCCCUGGCCCUGCUCUGCAGCGUGGUGGGCCCACUUUGAAGGGAAGACUCCCCAGGUCCUGGCAAAAGAAGACAAAGUGCCCAGGUCCCGCGAGGUCCAGGCUGAGGGCUGAUAAACUACAUGCCACCCGCUCUGGACGUUCCUCUGCCCUUCAACCCGGGUCCAGUUCCGAGCCUCGCAGUACGCACUCAGCCCCCUGGGGCCCAUCAGGGGAAGACGGCCCUGCAGAAAGAGCCAGUUGAAGUUGCUUCCAUCUCCUGAUCCUGUUAGAAGGUUCUCUGGUGCCUCCAGAGUUGGUAGCUGAGAGAGGAAGUUCUCCCUCUUCGGAGGGAAACCAAAGGGGCCUGCCUCUCCAGAGGGCCUUGACCUUGAGGACACCUGGACUGGAUGGAAGGCCCCAUUCUAGGUCUUAUCACUAAAGGCAGGCUGUCUGCUCACGGGCUGCUUUGGCAACAGCAGACAUCAACAGGAUCUGUCUCUGCCAUGGUCUUGUUUGCUUCUUCCUUCAUCCCCCCGAGGAAACAAACCCCAGGACAAGCAGGGCUGGCGGACGUGUCUGUCCUUAAGAGGAAGCCAGAGCUCCCCGGAAGGGGGUCCACGGCUGGGGUGACCCCAGCCCGGAACGACUCCUGACCCAGGAGCGAGCCUUGUCAGCCAGCUCUCCUGCAGUCAGGCCACCACUGCAGCUGGGCACAGCUGGCUCCAGCUCUCAGAACCUCAUUCACGGGCACAACUGCUCACAUUACUGACAAGCAACCUCAGAGAGCUGAGCCAAGGUUGAAACAGCCCACAUUUGUCCGGUCAGGCCCUGGGGGAGGAGGUGGCUUUCAUGGACCGCGAUGUCCAGGGUGGCCGCCAACAGCCAGGCACGUUCCAGGGCUCCCUGGUUACAAUAGGUGUCACCUGACUAAGUUGCAAAGAUGAUACCAUUUAGUGAGACCCAGCAAGAGGCACGAACAGCGCAAGCGAGGGAUGUGGGAAGGGCUUGUGGACAAGGUCUGAUUACAGCACCUGGCUUGGCUCCCCACUCCGAGCUUAUUCAGAUGAGUUCCUUGAGAACCACUGAAAUUUUACAAGCAUGCCAGGUUGUGUGUCGUGCCUGUAACAAAGCAGAGGCACUGGGAGCUGUUUACAUCCAUCGGACCGCGCAGCUAAUGCCGAGAGGCAGCAGGCCCUGGAGGCCCAAGAAUUAACGCCCAGGUCUGGGUGCAGGUCAGGAGUCAGCAGCGAACGCCGCCAGCCAGGCCCGUGGACCAGACGCAGCACUGCUCGUCUCCCAAACCCUGCACCGGGGCUGCAGCCCGGCACGCUAGUGGCCUCUUUUUUCUCCUGGUAUGUAUCACAUGGGACAGUCUGCCCCCCUGAGGACCAGGUCACAGGGUUGCAGGACUCGGCCCCCCCCACCCCACCCGCUCACCUUCCCAUGGGGGUGGCAGCCCAGAGAUGCCAGCUGGCCCUCGCGUGGAGGCCGGGCCCUGCCCUCUGGGGUCCCAGCAGACACCCUCCUAACCAGUCCCCUGGAGUCCUCCAUCCCACAGCCUCUCCCUGCCCAGCCCAGCACCGUGAGGCACUCACCCAUCAUCCUGCCUCGGCUGGCGUGUACCUGACAACAAACAGGCUGGCUUUUCAGGCUGUAGCGAGGGAUGGGCACGACCGGACCUGCCUGAGAAAGACCUGCCCUGGGGCCCAGCUGCCCAUCGGACUGGCGCAGAGGCAUCUGGACGGGGCACACCCCAUGCUCAGUUUUCAACCCCACAGGCAGUAACUGUCUUAACCUUUCCUCGGCAUUUCGCUGGGGACGAGGCCGCACACGCUGGCCGGUCUCCGCAGCCUGUGGGCUGUCCUCAGCAGGCAGGGGUGCUUCCUGCAGGCAGGCAUCUACUUCUGAGCAAUGUCUUUUGCAACGAUCCUUUUUCAAAAUAUUGUGCAUUGUUUCAUUAAAGCUAACAUGAAGUAUUUGCUGUUCAAAUUGGCUUCUGUGUUAAUUUGGUACUGUAUAUUUUAUCUAACAUUUCCAUGCCAAAAAGUUCGUUUUCUUGCUUCUGGAACACGUGGUCUUGAUUAUGUUUCUAAAAUAGAACUUCAGCUACUGGGUUGCUGGGAAGGAAGGCAGAGCACCGCUGAGCUCCGUGCUCCGAGCAAGCCCGCCGUCUGCUCAUCCCGCAGUCACCCCGCAGGGCAUCGUGGCGACCUCUCCCCUUUCCAGCCACGAGCCAUGGCCCGUGUAUGCGCCUGGUUUGGGUCCCUCUCAAUUCUGCCACAGAGCCCUCACUUUUGUCUCUACACCCUAACGACCUAAUUACCUACCUAAUCAGUGUCUUCGGAAAGAAAUCUGUUUUCUCUAAAAGAUGGCAGAGCCUACAGUGUGGAUGGGCAUCCCACUAGAAGAACAUGCUGCAUUCAUUAGUGUUUUGAGGUCCAGGGGUUCAGUUCUUACUGGUGCAUGAAUGUUUUCCCAUCAUAACUGGAAAACCACUAGCUGACCUGCCCAGGCUGCCACCUGCCCCUUGAGUCCGAUCAGGUCUGCUUCCUGCCAUCAUGAACUACAAGCGGAGAGGCCACCCUUUUCCCUUUGCCGGUUCUUUCCCCAUCAAUCUAGACCACUCAGGGGGUGCCCUUGCAGAAACUGGGGCUGAGGACAUGGAAGGAUACAAGGUCGCGGGUUUGUACAUUUGCAACCAGAGUUGCUCACCAGUUACUCCAGAAAUGAGCCCGGAGAACAUGCAUUUCCAGGAGUGAGGGGUUGGGGAGCUAAUGAGGGUUUUUUAUUAUCUAGGAUUCAUCCCAGAAAGAAUGUCUGUACCUCUGCAGCCUUAGCUUCACCAUCCCUGGCACUGGCACGGCCGUGUGGUAUUAACACUGCUUCACGCCUCAGCUACUGCCUUCUGAGAGGAGGGGGUCUUUUGAAUGCAGGAGCCAAGGUCAUCCCAGCGUGGAGGCCCUCGGCCUGGCCAGAGUCCCCACGACUGGGUCCCAGUGAGUGUCUGUCAGGGGUGAAAAGGCGACACAAUUCGAGGCUGGUCUGCUGUCUGUCUGUGAAUGAGGCCCAGACGGCUGCAGAUUCGCGCAGAAAUGUAGUGUUUAUCUGCCUACCCUCUUAUGUUAAGGUUUACAUGAUAGAAUUUUUAAACAAAUGUGUUUAAUUUUCUAAAGUCUCUUGUAUUAAAUUUUCUUUUGGAAUAAACUGUGGGAAUUUUGUUACAAUCUGGUUAACAUACGCCUCUUUACAAUGACAAAAUAAAAUGGUGACAUUU